ACAUUAAAUAUAGGCUAAAGGUUUUUUCAAAGACAUCUGUGCCAUAUCACAAUUAGCAGAGAUUAGCACGUGAUAGAAAAAAAUAAAAGCAGGAACCCAAGACGUUCAUCAUCACCUCCUCGAGAGACCACCAGAAGUAGCCUACUGUUUAAAGUUCGUGAACAGACCAUGAUGUUUGGGAGCUUGCUGUUUGCCGUGUGUUGUAGUGCAGCACUGGCCCAUUUCAACACAAAUCUAGACCAGCACUGGGAGUUGUGGAAGAAGACCCAUAACAAGUUUUACUCUACUAAGUUUGAAGAACUGGGCAGGAGGGAGUUAUGGGAGAGAAACCUUGAACUUAUCACCCUUCACAACCUGGAAGCCUCCAUGGGCCUGCAUUCAUAUGACCUGGGCAUGAACCACAUGGGUGACAUGACACCAGAGGAGAUUCUGCAAUCAUUCGCCAUGACUCGUGUCCCUCCUAACUAUAAGAGGCAAACGGUGAAUUUUGUGGGCUCUUCUGGGUCUCCUGUUCCAGACUCUCUAGACUGGAGAGAGAAGGGAUAUGUCUCCAGUGUGAAGAUGCAGGGUGCGUGUGGUUCAUGUUGGGCGUUCAGCUCUGUUGGGGCUCUUGAAGGUCAGCUGAUGAAGGCCACAGGAAAGCUGGUUGACCUCAGUCCACAGAAUCUGGUGGAUUGUUCUUCCGGUUACGGCAACAAGGGCUGCAAUGGUGGUUUUAUGAGUUCUGCCUUCCAGUACGUUAUUGAUAAUGGAGGAAUAGAUUCUGAGUCCUCUUACCCUUAUGAAGGAGUGCAAGGGCAGUGCAGAUACAAUCCAUCUCACGCUGCAAACUGCACCAAGUACUAUUUUGUUCCUCAAGGAGAUGAGGAGGGCCUAAAGCAGGCUUUGGCCAAUGUCGGGCCCAUUUCAGUAGCCAUUGAUGCCACCCGUCCUCACUUUGUCCUGUACCGCAGUGGAGUUUACAAUGACCCAACCUGUACAAAAAAAGUAAACCAUGCAGUUCUGGCUGUAGGAUAUGGUGCGAUUGCUGGAGAGGAUUUUUGGCUGAUCAAAAACAGUUGGGGUACCCAUUUUGGAGAUGGUGGCUACAUCCGUAUAGCCAGAAAUAAGAACAUGUGUGGCAUUGCCGAAUAUGCCUGCUUUCCAGUUAUGUAGCUGCAACAUUUCAAAAACAAGAAAUUCAUUGUUUUGUAGUUUAAUUUCUUUGAAUGCAUGUUUUAUAUAUGGUUUUUACGUUGUCUUUUUAAAUAUGUCUAAAUGUGUUUUAUGAGUCUUACAAAAUUGUUUUGUUUGGCUUAACUUAAGAGGAAAGAGUACAUGUAGUAUUUGGAAAUGUUUGCAAUAACUAAUGUAACCUGAAUGGUAACAGUCUAAAUUAUUGGAUAAAUGUGGACCAUGCCAUCCACCUACCUGGUCACAUCAGAAGAGAAGCCACGGUGUCAUCCUGGUUUAACAUCGCACAUGGAAGCAUGUGUUCAAAGUGGUAAUCCCAAAUUGUUUAAGUGACCAUAACAUGAUUUUUAACUUAGUGUUUGUUUGUUUGUUUUUUUGUGUGGGGUUUCUUUUUUUUUUUUUUAUUCUUUGGAAAAAAAUGUAUCCCUUUUUUUGCUGUAGAAAUAUUAAAUGAACUACAUUAAAAGGC